CUGUGCAGAGCAGGCAGCCAGUGCACAUUACACCUGUUGCACUUCGCAGGCUCUCUUUUCUCUCCCUGUCGCUCUCCGUUCUUUCUCCUGUCCCCUCUUCUCCUUGACUGGUCUGGAGGCACAGGGCUCACCAUGGAUCCCAAGGAGGCCACUGGGGGUGAGAAGGAGAAGGAAAAAGAGAAGGACAAGGUGAUAAAGAGGAGGAACCGGCCUGUGUUCCUGCGUUACCUGGAGAGGAGAAAGACGGACACCAUAGUGGCUGAUGACAUGGCCAAAGGUGACUUCAACCUGGGGACGCUGGUGAGGAGGAGUCAGUCUGACAAGACGGAGUACAGCGCUAAACUUAAAGAGAAAAUGACUCCACACGACCUGUCAGCACCCCCCUCUCCAGCCAUGGACCCAGAGGAGGUCCGCUUGAGGAAGAUGAACCGCAGGGCAAAGGUCAUUCAGGAGCUUGUGGAGACUGAGAAGGACUACCUCACAGACCUGGAGCUGUGCAUCAGAGAGGUGGUGCAGCCGCUACGCAACAUGCAGGUUGUGGAUAUCGAUCGGCUGUUCACCAACAUGGAGACAUUGUGUGAAGUAUCUGCCGCUCUCCUUCACAGACUGCAUGAGGCCCUGGCUGACCCUGAUCCAGAAGCAGUUGUUAUAGGAGAAGUAUUCAUCCAGGCAAAGGCAGCUUUAGAAGAUGUAUAUAAGAUUUACUGUUACCAUCACGAUGACGCCAACACGUCGCUCAAAUCGUAUGAGAAAGAGGAAGAAAUAAAGCAACAUUUCACCACAUGUGUAUUGGCACUCAAGAAAAUUUACGACGAAGAGGGUAAACCUAACUUGCUGAAUAUGGGUUCACUGCUCAUCAAACCGGUUCAGAGGAUCAUGAAGUACCCUCUGCUGCUCGGGGAGCUGUGGCAUGCCACGCCCGAGGACCAUCCUGACUGCCGUCCUCUGCAGGAGGCGUUCACCGCUGCCAAAAUCAUUAAUGUGAACAUCAAUGAGUUCAAGAGGCGCAAGGAUAUAGUCAUGAAGUAUAAGCGGUUGGAAGAUGAAGGAACAUUGAGGGGGAAACUAAACAAGUUCAAUUUCCACUCCAUCCGUAAGAAAGGCGACAGGUUCGCCGGUUAUCUCAAGAUCCUCACCGGAGUUGAACCACAGGUGAGAGAUGAAGUAUUUGACAAAGAGGAGAAGCUGUUCCGAUGUCUGGAGAAAGCCGUGAGGCAGCUAGUCAAGAAUCUUCAAUUUUACCAGCAGCACAUUCAGGAGAUGGUGUCUGUAGCUGUCCAGAACGUCCAGGACAUGGAGAACAUUGUUAAGGAUCCAAACAAAAAUGGGAUAAAUGGCUCAUUGCACAAUAACGGAAAUGAUCCCUAUAAGCACUUUAAGGACGGUAUGGAGCGCUUGGUCCUCGUCCCCCUCUCCUCCCUGCAGGGCAUGUUCACAGCCCCACAGAAGCUCAUCCAGAAACGCUAUGACAAAUUGCUGGAUUACUGCAGCCGCCUCGAGCGCUCUUUUUCAUCUUCGUCGUCCACCCCUUCCUCCUCCCCUGUACCGGCACCAGAGGACCCAGCCGGCCCGACCAGGAGGGACUACGAAGCAAUCAACGCCUUGCUGGUGGAGGAGUUGCAGAGGUUCAACAUGGCCGCAUACACCAUCCUGACCAACUGUGUGGUGUAUCUGGUCGCCCUGCUUAGAGAGCUGAUGGAUGAAAUACUACUACGGGCUCCAUCCAUGCAGCAGCUACCAGCUCCACUGUCGAACAUUGCUGAGGUGCAGAACAGCAUCAUGGAUGAGCUGAAUAAUCUGACUUUUGUGAAAGAUAAUGCACAGAAGCUCAUGGAGCGCAAAGUCAGCUUUGAGAGACAACGAGACAAGAAAACAACGACAAUCGAGGUGCAGCAUCAAACGGAGGAACAGCGAGCCCGGUUGCUGACAGAAUACCCCCAGAACCGUCUGUACCAGCUGAAGAGGAAGUGUAAUGGCUGCCAGGAUCAGGACCUCAGCCUGCUGGAGGGAGAACUGGUGGCCCUGCUGGAGGACACAGACCCAUUGGGCAGCAGCAGCCGCUGGCUAGUUACCACUGGAGGCAAAGGUGCACAGGGCUACGUCUACUCCACAUUCCUGAAGCAGUACAACCCUUUGAGGGACUCGCAGCGAGGAGGCAAGAUGGUCAAAGAGCAGCAGCCGCAACAGCAGCAGCCGCCAACUGUCAUGGUGGACGAUGACUUCGAUGACCUCAGCCUGUUUGUGUCGGGCAGUGGCAGCAGCAGCCUGCGAAGCUUCAACCUCACCACCACUGACAGUGGCUCAACCCUCUCUGGCCUACAGGGGGAGUCAGAGAGCCCGGAGUACCUGGAGGAGACAUCGGACACAGAUGCUCAGCAGUUUUAUGCCGUGUACGCAUUCCACGCCCGUUGUGACCAGGAGCUGACCUUACAGGAGUACCAGCAUGUCCGCAUCAUCAAGUUCUGUGACCUUGGAGGCAACAAGGAGUGGUGGCUGGCUGAGGCUAACGGACAGAAGGGAUACGUACCGGCCAACUACCUUGGCAGGAUGUCCUAUGCGUAAAAAUCAAAGAGGCCCUCUGUUUAGCUAUAGGAUUUCCAGUAAAACAAAACCAUCCAGGGAACCAAACUCCAGAAGAACCUGUGGCAUUUCAAACAAAACUGUUGGAAGUUAAUUAACCCUGGCAGGUCCCCAAUCUGUCAAAGGGUUGAUGAAGGUUUCACAAAAUGUGAUUAUCAGAAGUCUCAUACCAUAAGUGUUGAUAAAUAAUCUGCUUCAUCUUCAACGGCACCAGUAAUCAGAUGAUUAUGGAUAAUGAUGGAAGGAAAAUACAAGGCACUGUGCUGAGCACUUUUGUACAUCAGUGUUGAUCAAUAAUGAAGUGAUGUAUUCAUGAAGUAAAUUUUAUAUGUGAACUGAUUUAUAGAUGAAGCAGAAGUUAUAUGUGAAAUGAUUUAUAGAUGAAGUAUAUGUUUUAUGUUGAAGUGAAAUGAAGAAAAUAUAUAUAUAUAUAUAGUGUCACUUAUAUUUGAACAGUUAUGUCAUAAUACUGUAUAAAAAAAAACUUUAUGAUAA